AUGCUCCCUGUUAAUUUUUACAGGCCCUUAUCGCGCACUCAAGAAACUCCAAGACAGUGCAAGAACUCUGCGACGGCUACUGUCACUAACCCAAACACACUUUCAGAAAUUGAGGCCAUUGAUGGUUUGAUACAGCGGUAUUUGCAGACUGCACAGCGAAAGACAGCGUUGUUUUGGAUUGACAAACGUCUUUCUCUGUGCCAAAAAGAAAAGCAGCCCCCGUCUUUCUUAGAUAUGGCGGAGUUCCUGAAAGUGAAUAAGGCGCCAUUCUGUCACUAUGAUAAUCUACAAUUGUUUGAGGCACUGGCGACGAUUGAGGAAUGGACUCGAACUAUAACUUUUAUUAGGCAGUAUGAGCUUAUCACAAAACACGUGGUUUUUGCAUACUACUACGUUAAUGCUUUGUAUCAUAGAAAACUAUACGAGGAAAUUUUAAAGUUGAAACUCAAUUCCUUGGAUGGUUUUACCAGUCCUGUAUCGUCAGUGGAACCAUUCAGGUCGGAAGUCUUUGGUGCAAAAUCUUAUUUACCUGGUAUCAAAGAUAAAACCGUUUUAGACGUUUUGGCUGAAAACUUAAAAUUGGAAGCUAGUCUUUUGGUGCUGCUCGGUAAAACGUAUUUAAUAAAUCAGAACAGGCGAGAUGCUCAAUUGUGCCUUCAGGCAGUAAUUGAUAAGGAUCCGUGUAUGACAGAGGCUUUGGAACUUAUUCAAAAAUUCAACCUUUUUAAGUCAAAACUUGAGUUUGAAAAGCUAGUUGAGAAAGUUUCCUCUGCUAACUGUGGUGUGAAGGAUGCUUUCAAGCAUUUUUACUUCUUACGAGGGCAUUUUAUUAGUAAGCCAGAACAGGAUGCACUUCUAGAGAUUUCGAGCACAGACUUCUCAUUAAGAACUGCUUACGCUACUUAUUUGUAUCAAGUGGGUGACAUUGCUGGUGCCUACAAAGUUACGAGCAAAAUUCUAGAUGAAACAGGCAUUUACCAGUUAUUCACUCUUGCAACGCUUUAUUUUUUCUGUUUCAAGGACUGUUUGCUUGUACACAUUGCUACGCUGGUGCUACUACAAAAAAAUCAGGAUUUGUUUAUUCUUGGCCACAGGCUUGUCGAUACUCAACCAGAUGAUGAAAUAAGCUGGUAUACUGUCGGCUGCUAUUACUAUUCUAUUCGCAAUUAUGCAAUGGCAAAAAAUUUUCUCAGUCAGUACAUUGCAAAAAAUUUUUUUUUAGAUAAAUGUACAAUGAUGAAACCAUCUUUUGGGGAAGGUUGGCUUGCUUUUGGUCAUGUUCUUACUGCAGAAUCGGAGCACGAGCAAGCUACAAAUUGUUACUUGCGGGCAUCAAGGGUUCACGAGGGUUCCUUUGAACCUUUCAUGUAUGCUGGUUUGGAAUACGCUUACGCUAACAGUAUUAAACUGGCGCAGGAAUUUUUAAAAGAUUCUGCCGAGCACGCUGGUCAAAACGCACUAGUGUUUCAUGAGCAGGCUUGCAUUUUCUACAUGAAUAAAGAUUACAACUCUGCUGAUGAAUACUUUACGAAAGCUUUGAAGGUUGCGUACGGCCGACCUGUGUCAGACAAAGUUAAUGUGGUUAAUUUGCUUUACCUGACACUCAGCGAUUUUUGGGAACCUCUUAUUAAUAAUCUUGCACACAUUAGGCGUCGUAGAGGAGAGCACGGCGAUUCUUUAAAGUUUUAUCAGAAGUCUUUAACGAUGCGUCCUCGUAAUGCCGCAGCCCUUUGCGGGAUGGCGACCACAUAUGCUUCGCUCGGAGAAUUUGAGCUUGCAGUGCAAUUUUUUAACGAAGCACUAGGAGUGGCACCUCAGAACCAAGACGAAGUGCCUGACAAUAUAAUGAGUCAGACAGACGCAGAAAUAUUUGCCGAGAAACUGGACGGGCGGCUGGAGCGAUUCAUGGGCGUCAUGGGGAAGAAAGCUCGUAAAAAACAAGGAAGGAGCAGAUCUUUGACAAAUAGUUCUAAACCUGCCGAAGAGACUGGUGUUCCGGGUCCUUCUAUAAAAAUCUCAACUGUCGUCCUGCAGGUGAAUUCGCAGGAUUCUAAAGCUACUUCAUCAGUGGGGUCUACAGCAGAAAUGGAAAUUGAUGAAGGAGAUGAGUAG